GCCAAAACGUAAACAAAAGAGAGUAAAGGCAAAGGCAGAAGAAACUGUUGAAAUUUAAUAAAGGAAAGAGAAAUAAGAAAUAAAGGAGGAGAGAAAACGCACUUAAAGGAAGUUAGACGCUGCUAAAGAAGAUAACAGAAAGAAUCAAAGGUAUUUCUCAAAGAAAUCGGUGAAAGAAGAACAAUGUCUUCCCUUCUUCGCUAGAGGCAGAGGCACUGAAGGAAGAUUGCAAGAACAGAUUAGAAGUGAGCCAUUGCAGGAGAGCGGAUUAAGGUAACAGACAUGGCCUCAUUUCGCCUUCACUCCGAGGACUCCGAGUUCAACAACCGAGUGGACGCCCUCUUCAGCUCGCUCGCAACGGCCGCCACUGAGCACGAGCCUCGCGUGUCCAAACGACCCCACGAGGACGACGAUAAUGAUAACGGGGCCUCACAGAGGAGGGAUGGGGAGUUCAGAAAGCCCUUUGGCAAGAAUCCGCACCAGCGUGGUAACGAGUCGUCCUCCAGCGAAGGUGAAUUCCAAAGGCCCUGUGACGGGGGGUCGUCCAGGGAUGGGGAAUUUAGAAGACCCAACAGCAGGCCUCCGAAUUGGCGAGGCAGGGGGAGAGGGCCUCUAAACAGCACCCCAGACUAUGUGAAGAAUCCCCAGAAGUGGACAAGAUACAGCAUGAGGGAAACGAAGGUACUGAGCGACCGAGAAAACAAGGCGGAAGGUCUACGGCUCUUUGACAAACUGAGGACAAGAAGGAUGGAAGGCGAGGCAGCAGAGGAGGAAGGUGAUUACCAGCAAAAGGAAAUAGAGAAGAUUGUGUUCAAGAAACCUGUUAAAGUUGAAGAUGAAGGAGGCAUAAAUGAAAAGGAGGAGUCGGACAUGUCUGCUGAUGCCUUGUUUGGGGGACCACGGAAAGUGAAGCUACCUGAGUAUGUUGUCGGCCAAACCAAACAAAGAAACAAGCACAAGAAGAGAACAGAUAAUGCAGAAGAUUCCAAGAAAGUUUCAUCUUCAACAGAAAUAAAACUUGGGCAUUUGAUGUUCGAAGAAGAAGAUGAUUAGUAUUGGCUGACAUUUUAUAUCUUGGGGAAAAAAUGAGAUGCAGAGCAGAAGGAAAAAGAUGUUAAGACAAGAAGAUAGAAAUUUGGAUGGGAUAUGAGAAGAACCAUGUUAAAGGUGUAUGCUAACAUGGAUGGAUAUUAUAUUUUCAAGAUAUUACAAGACAUAAACACAUACAAAGUGAUAUUGGCAUGAAAGAUAAUUUUAUAUGCCUUAAUGCAAAUAGAAUACCUAGUAUUCUAUUUGCAAAGACAAACAUACGAUUUUGAAGAAUCUUUGUAUAUAUUUUUGUAGGUGUAAGUAGCAUGUGUAUGCAUUUGUACAUGCUUUGUGUUGGUGAGUGCUAAUUAGCAUAAAGUGUAAAGUUUUCUGUUGUAACGCCUUUAAACAAAUGGAAACUAUGGUUCAAAGUGAAUGGUGAAGCAAACUAUUGCCUCACCUUUCAGUAAACAAAAUUUGCGGAUAGUGUUUUCUCUACCAUAUUUUCAAGGCAAUUUAGUAUUUUGCCAUUCAUUAAAUGGAGUCUUUGAUUUAAGAAGUAAUCAGAUAGCAAAGGAUAUUAUGACAUGAAAUGUGUCAUGAUUUCAUUAAUCAUUAAUUAUUUAGCAUCAGAAUUGGAUCACAGUUGCCUUGUAAUUGUGAAUUAUACUUAAUUUAUAUUUAAAUUCCAUGGUGAUUAUGUUAUUUUUUUCAUUUCAGUAUGUAUUUUGCAAAAGACGUAACAAAGUUUAUGUUGUUUGUGAUAUAACAGAUCUCUCAAUGUGAGAGAGAUUGAUUUUAUUUUCAUAUGACAACAACAUAUAGUGUGUGUGUGUGUGUGUGUGUGUGUGUGUGUGUGUGUGUGUGUGUGUGUGUGUGUGUGUGUGUGUGUGUGUGUGUGUGUGUGUGUGUGUGUGUGUCUUACAUAUGUAAGUAAGUAUGGGUGUAUGUAUCUUAUAUAUCAUAUAUGGUUGUUUAUAUGUAUAUGUAUAUAUAUAUACAAUAUGUAGUUAUAUAUGUAUGUGCAUAUGUAUAUACAU